CUGACGUAGCGAAAAAUAAUACAAAUCUCACAGAGGCAUCAGCGGCUUUUUGCUCCGGAUUUUUUCGUAGGAAUGGGUAUUUUAGAUUGUGCUGUUUCUCGACACACUUUACCAACCUUUUUAUUAUAUCUAUGCUGUAUAUUUGGGCCAUCCUUCGGCACUGAACUGAGUUUUGUAACAUGCGGAUCUGUCAUUAAACUGUUAAAUUUAAAGCACAAUGUGAGACUUCACUCGCACGACGUACGCUACGGCUCCGGUAGUGGGCAGCAGUCUGUAACAGGGGUGACGACCAUAGAGGACAGUAACAGCUACUGGAGUAUCCGUGGGACAUUGGACACCUUGUGCCAUCGGGGCACACCUGUGAAGUGUGGGCAAAAUAUCCGUCUCACCCAUGUCAACACAGGCCGUAACCUGCACAGCCACUACUUCACCUCCCCACUGUCCUCCAACCAGGAGGUGAGUGCGUUUGGGGACGAAGGGGAGGGGGACCACCUGGACGAGUGGACAGUUCAGUGUGGGGGAACUGUGUGGAAGCGAGAGGAGGCCGUCCGCUUCCGUCACAAAUCCACCGAUGCACUACUGUCUGUGACAGGGGAGCAGUAUGGACGGCCGAUCCACGGACAGAGGGAAGUUCACGCCAUGUCGGGCCCCAGCCAGCACAGCCUGUGGAAGGCCAUGGAGGGCAUCUUUAUGAAGCCCAGCGAGAUCCCGCUGGGCAGCCGAGACUACAGCCACCUCCACACAGAAUUCUGAACUUCACUUUCCUUCUUUCUCCCUUCCUAUCGUCUCAUCUGUUUACCAUUGUAGUCCUACCUCUGUCCCUUAUAACAUGCAGCAGCAACUUAUCUCAUGUUUCCCUCCCAUCACAUUUUGACUGUCCUAUUUUCAGGCGAUUGUGCCGAAGUCUUUACAUGGAUCGGGUUGCAAUGACUUCAACUUAUCAAUCCAUACAUCUCUCUUACAUGUUUUAGGAAACACUACUUGAAUCCUCAAAGAUCCACCAGCUACACUCAACAUUUGGAUUUUAUAAUAGUUUGCCUUAAGAGAGGCAGGAAGACGUCAGUAUGAAAACUAUACAAAGACUAAUCUUUGUGAGACUUCGUCUUCCAAGCUGUUAUUUAUUGUUAGAAACUUGCCAUCAGAAGACACAACACAACUCAGAAGGCAGGACAGGUUGCAGAUAAGUAGACUAAGUCAUCAAGUGAGUGUUGAGUUUUGUAGGACUUUGUUACAUUGUUACACUUGUGCCUUUAUCCUUUUUAAAAACCUAGUAGUUGUUUACAUUGUGAAGCCUUUUUAAGCUUUUGGAAACAAGCAUUUUUGGUGUUUUUUUUAUGGUAUUUGUUAGCCAUAUUCCACUCAAACAAUUUAUAAGCAGUGUUACCCGGAUAAAUAAUUUUUUCCCCCUUUAAGUCGGAUUCAGAGUUGCAUAUGAAUGAUCCAACGCCAACUGACAUGAGAGUGUACGCAGAUUUGUCUGUUUUGAUCAGUUAGCCCAGUGUGCUGGGAGAAGUACCAUGUUAUACAUUCAUGCUGUCAUUGCAGUGAAUGUGUUAGAUCAACUCUUUGUUCCAGAGGUUCAUACGCACAACAAACAUGCAAUGAAUACCUCAUAUUAAAUGAUUUGUAUGCAUUUAAGAAUAA